UAGGCCUUUGCCAAUUUGAUCCAUUUUGUUGAAGAUGGAAAAUGCUUCGCUCGAUGUUAACCAGCCCCACUCCAUGGGCACUACCAUAAUCGGCGUUACUUACAAUGGUGGCGUUGUACUUGCUGCUGACUCUCGCACCAGCACCGGAAUGUAUGUCCCGAAUAGGGCUUCUGAUAAGAUCACUCAGCUCACUGAUCAUGUCUACGUUUGCCGCUCUGGAUCAGCAGCAGAUUCCCAAAUUGUUUCAGACUAUGUUCGCUACUUCCUACACCAACACACGAUACAGCUAGGCCAGCCGGCUACUGUCAAGGUUUCUGCGAACCUUGCAAGGUUAUUAUCCUACAACAACAAGGAUAGUCUCCAAACAGGACUGAUUGUUGGUGGUUGGGACAAAUAUGAAGGAGGCAAGAUAUAUGGAAUCCCUCUUGGAGGCACAGUCUUGGAGCAGCCUUUUGCUAUUGGAGGAUCUGGCUCUACUUAUUUGUAUGGUUUCUUUGACCAAGCAUGGAAAGAAGGAAUGACUCAAGAAGAAGCUGAGAAACUGGUGGUCACUGCAGUGUCUCUGGCCAUUGCACGAGAUGGUGCUAGUGGUGGAGUUGUUCGGACUGUAACUAUUAACAAAGAUGGAGCUACAAGAAAGUUCUAUCCAGGCGAUUCCCUUCAACUUUGGCAUGAAGAACUAGAGCCCGUGAACUCCUUGCUGGAUGUUGUGUCUGUAUCAAGUCCUGAUCCAAUGGUCAUAUACUUUCAUUGGCAUACGCUAUUGUUGAUUCUGAAAAUAAUGCAUCAUGGGCAUGAUUUUUUGAGAAAUUUAGGGAUACAUUUAGAAAACGAGAAAAUGUGUGUUUCGUCUCAUAUAGGAACGAAAGCAUAUGAAAAGAUACCUCAAGGAUUUACCCUGGUCAAUCUCAUCAUGCAUGCAUCUGACAUUUAUGGUGCAAUAUUGAGAAAAAAUGUUGGAAAAAGCUUUUCUUUGCAAUGGAAAAGAUGUACAGACUUCAAGAGUUUGAGGAGUUAAUGGGAAGAGUGGACACAAUUGAUAAAAAGUUGAGGGGUUAUUUAUUUGAAGUAGGAUAUCACAAAUGGACAAUGACUUCAAACAUAGCGGAAUCAAUAAACAACAUAUAAAUCAAUUAGCAAGGAGGCUUCUAGUAAUAUCAUUGUUGGAUUUUAUGAGGAUAACAAUCCAAGAAUGGAAUGCUAAACACAGUGAAGAAGCUCGAAACACCAAGACAAAUUUAACUGUAUUGGGAUUCUUCACAAAAGGCAGAAUCAACAAUCUCUCUUUCUUUUUACUUUUUCCAUCAUUUUUACUCCCUCUUGUUAUGAGUUUCAAGCCCAGAAUCUGACUCUCCAUUAGAUGGAGAAUCAACUUCCUUUUUUUUGGUAGAACUGAUUUCGAUGGGGAACCAUAUUACUUUCUUAUCUCUCUAAUGAUUUUUUGAUGUAGUUUGUGUAAGCAAAUUGAAGGUUGGGGCAUCAUUCAAGGUCUGAUUAGUAUCAAACCUAUGGCUUUUACAAGGACUAAAUUUGAAUUUUGAAGACAUAUUUUUGAAAAUCGAAUUACACACAAAACACUAUGAAACAAAAGUAGAAAAAGAAAUUAUAGAUGCAUGUGUUAAAAAUGGUAAGAAAUUUUUAAAAAUAUUUUAUCAAUAUCGA